CCAAUCAGCGCUCGGCUCUCUCCGCGCUUAGAGCCCUUGUUCGGCCUUUGGUUUACUGUCGGGCGAGUGGUUCGUGUACGUCUAAAUCUGAAGCAGACGAGUUGGCAACCACCCGUUUUCUCCCCAUCAGUGAAAAUAUUAUUGGGGGAAAAUGGAGUUCCUCCUCAUCUUUGGUGUUGCUAUGCUUGUGACCGUCUUCAUCGGCACAGCUGUGUACUUCAUUAUGACUUACGGCACCAAAGAAAAGACUUAUGAAGAAGCUAUUCUUGAACAGCGACAACGCUCAGAAGAUGCCUUUUUCCUGGGAAAAUCAGCCAAAGAAAAGCAGAAGGAGAAGAAAUUGAAGAAAGCUGGCAAGAAAGUUAAGGAGAAGUCUGAGAAGGCUGCUGCUAUGAGAGAAACUACUGACAGUGUGUCUAGUGAUGAAAUCGAUCAGAAUUCUCAUUCUCACCACAAGAACCAACAUGUAGCAUUUGUUGCUGAACCUGCUAUCAUUGAUGAACCACUUCCCUCAGCCACUCAGGAAAAAAAGAAGAAAAAGGUAACUAAGGCAAAACCCAUUCUCAUUAACAAAGAUGAUGCUCAGUUAGUUUUGCAAGUUAGUCCUCCUCUUGAUGUCAAUCAUUUUGAGACAAUCCACCCCAAAGACGAUUUGGAAAUGCGCCGCCAGAGUAGGGAUGAGUCAGCGGAACAGACCGGCAAAAAGGCAACUCUUAAACUGAUCGAGGUUGAAAAAAGUAAGGCAGCGAAGAAAGAUGUUGCCCCCAAGGUGGAAAAGACCCAGGCAGCUAAACCAGAGAAGCAAGUGGCUGCCAAGGCUGAGAAGGCGAACAACGUUUUAAAGGCGGAGAAGGCUGAACCGAAGGCCGCGGCGAAGGAGUCCCUCGAGAAGCAGGAGAAGGCUGCCCCGGUGCCAAAGGAGGAGAAGAAGACCCCGGUGCAGGAGACAGUCGUGGCGGUGGCCGCCAGUGUCGUCAGCGCGUCUGCGCCAGCGCCCAGCAAGAGCAAGAAGAAGAAGGGCGAGCUCACCCUGGAGCAGAUGACUGCUGGUCGUGAUGGUAUCAAUGCCAAUCUACUGGAGCCUCUUAUUCACAAAGCUGAACUUUCUCGUUCUGAAAUUCAAAAUCUGAUUGAUCUGUUAUUGAACAAACAGCAAGGAUCAGAGACAGAGGUUGCUGAAUGGAAUGAGGGGCGACAGGAUCCUAUGAUGAAGCUCAAGAAAGCAUAUGCUGAGAAGGAGAAGGCCUUACAGGAGGAGCAAUCAGCUUCUUUGGCUCUGCAAAAUAAACUGAGGGAAGUGCGUGCUGAGUCCAACUCUGAGCGCUCCCGUCUGACUGCUGUCAACAAACAGCUGGAGGAAAAGCUUCUAAACCGCACCAAUGAGAUUGCCGCAGCUACCGCCAAGUUCCAUCAUGAAAAGCACACUCUUGCCCAACAACUUCAGCAGUUGAAGCACCAGCUGGAUCAAGAACACCAACUCAUCAGAAAAUAUCAAGAUGAGCUUGGUCAGGCGCAAAAUGCCAUGCAAACUCAACAGACAUUGGAACAUCAUAUUGCUAACUUGAAUUUACAGCUUUCGGGACAAAAUAAUCAGAUUGGUAUUCUUCAGCAACAAGUUGGAGAGAACCAAACUGCUGUUCAACAGUGUGAACUAUUGUCAGCUCAAGUCGCCCAACUUCAGGAACAACUAAAGAAUGCUCAGAACUCUAACCAGGGAGAAGUCCACUCCAAGCAAAAGCAAUUGAACGAAAUAAAGGCUGCUAAGGAGGAAGUUGAACGCCAGUUAUCUGCCGCAAGGCAGCGAGAAGGACAACUCAGCUCUGAACUGGCUAAGCUGAAGGACCUUUCUGCUCAACGGCAGUCUGAAAUAGAGAAACUCUCUGCUGAAGCUGCAGAGGUUUCCAAACUCCGUGAAGAAAAUGAAUCUUUGACUUCCCAGUUUUCUCUUGUGAGUCAACUUCAGAAGGAGGCUCGUCAGUUAAGAGAGGAGAAUGAAUCACUUGCUGCUCAGGUUACUGCGGUCACCGAACGUCCUGCAGCUGAAGGACGUGAGAAUGGUGAUGUUGUGGAGGAGAAGCAUGCUGAUGGGAAACUUGCCUCAGCCCAAUUAAUAAAUGACCUGCGAGAAAAAGAUUUGCAAGUAGAAGAGCUACUUGAACAAGUCAAACAAGCAGAGAAGUCGGCCAGCAGCACCAUUGACUCUCUGAAGUCCGAAAUCAAUGCCCACAAAAAUGAAGUAGCUCUACUUACCACAGAGCUUGACCAGCAAAGGAAAAAAAAUGAUGAAUUAAGAAAUAAAAACUACAAGGCCAUGGAUGCUCUUACAGCAUCAGAAAAGAUGUUCCAAUCAAAAAUACAGGAAACAGAGAAAGUUGUUCAUGAGGCUGAAAAAGCCAUCCAAGUAGCAGAGGAAAAAAAGAUGCAAGCAGCACUCCAGCGGUUGUUCCCAUCCAUUACUGUUGAAGAAAAAGUGCACGACCAAUGGGUGAAAAAAUUCAGUGCUGCUGUCAGCAAACAUAUAACUGAAUUAAGCAGUAAGCAGUCAUCAAAGCAGCUGCCGGAUGAUGACCAGUCAGCUGUUAUAGCUGAAUUAGAAAAACGUAACUCACAACUGUCUGGUAUGGUUACAAACUACAAGAGAAUCAUCGAAGACACUGAGGGUAUGCUGAACAAACUUCAACUUCAUGUAGAGGCUGAAGAAACUAAGUGGCAACAACAACUUGCUGACAAAGAAGCUGAGCUGGCAACAGUUAUUCGUGAAAGGGAUGACCUGCGCAACCAUUCAUCCGGAGAUAAGGCCUCUGCGGGCACCGAUAUUUGUGGGAUUCACUUUGCAUAUAACUGUAUUGAAAAAUCUCUACCCUCAAUCGUGCAGGAGGUUGACACCCAAUUAGGAGAGCUCCAGAACAAACUUCAAUCUGUGGAGGCUGAGAGAAAUAGCCUGAAAUCCCAGCUCUCAACUAGUAAAGAUACACUCUCUACAAUUGACCAACUAAAAGAAGAACGCAAUCGUCUCUCAGCUGACUUGGCAGCAGAACAGGCUAAGGCCUUAGACCAAUCAAAUCAGUUAGCCAAAUUGAAGUCGCUCUUAGAGGAGACAGAAAAUGCAAUUUCACAAGAGAAGGCUAGUUCACAACAGUUAAAGGAAGAAAUAGAAAAACUGAAGGAAAGUCACCCAGCAAUACCUGCAAGCCCUGUCCCAUCUGUUCACAAUGGUGCCACAAACGGUCCAUCAGUGGAACCAGCCUCUGCUGAGAAAGCAGCUUCUUCUAAGAAGAAAUUAUCAGGUUGGUUCAAAAAGAAAACUGUAGGCUCUAAGUCCCCUCAGCAUUCACCCAACUUAUCAGCGAGAGGUGAUGAUUUUUUGACCAAUGAAAGAAUGGAGUCUUCAUGAGGUCAAGAAAUACUUUCAGCGCCAUUAUCAUCCUUAUAGUAAGAAGAUAUUUUGAAUCAUUUCUGUUCAAUGAAUUUGUCUGAACUUUAUAUAAACUUGUGGCAAGAAAGGGCCUAUGGCAGCUGUGUGACAAUAACACACAAUUUAGCGUAAGCCACUUAAUUAUGGAAUGCAAGACCAAUACUUCAACUGAUGCUGUAAAAGCACAAUGACUGAGAUAUGAAUAUAUGUGACUGUGUUCUUGAUCUUUCUUGUACUGUAAUAUUUUUAUCAUCUAUUGAUUAUCAAAACAACUGAAUUCAUUUUCUUGUGAUUUGCAAGAAAGAAAAUCAUACCAAUCAUUCAUUCAUUCAUAUUAUACCUUGAUAAAGUGUAGGAACUGAGUUUCAAUUUGUUGUGAAAUUGAGCCAUUUUAUGUGAGACAUUCCAUCUGCUUCUGGCUUGCAAAAGUAUGUGUUAAUUAUUUAAGACACUGAAGAUGAAAGUUACCUUCCUUAUUGAAGAAGCCAGUGAUCAAUUCUAUGUAUUUAAUUUCAUGCCCAAUGCCUUUUGAUCCGGAAAGUUUUUUAUAAAAUUUCCAGGCUUGGCUUUUAACCUUCCUUUACUCAUUGAGAAUGAUUUCUCAUAUGAAGUUUCCUGCUGAUUUGUUAUAUGUUUUGCCAUGGACGAGGCUGCGAUCAACAUUUCAACAUUUUCCCAUCAUUUCAUAUAUAGAUAGUUAAAGAUGUGUGACAAUUUUUUUUAUACAAUCAACUUUUUUUAUCCUCUUAGCUUUUUACUUUUCUCUAAAUUGUGAUGUUCAGGGUUGGAUAAUGAACUAAGAACAAUGAAUUUACCGUAAUUUAAAAAGAAGGGUAAAACCUACCCUUGUAUUCUACAAAAUGCUUUGAUAUAAGCAUUGUUUUUACAGGGCAUCUGCCUUGGAAAGUUGUCCUCUCGGGCCCUGAUGCAUUCUUCGAUGCUUUGCUUGAAAAUAGUUGUUAGUGGAAUUUUUUAGGCACAUGCUUUGUAUGCAUAUAUCAGAUGGGAUAUUGAAGUGUUAAUAGCAAUAAAAAUAUAGUUGCUUGUUAGCUGCUGUUACCUUUGCAUCAAGGGGAGUUAUGAGAUUAAGUUUGUUUUGGAAAGCUUCUCAUGUCAGUUUUAAACAUAAAUCCUUGAUUUAUGAAUUGAUGGGAUUUUAUUAAUUUCAUGAUAGCUUUUCAUUGUUAUGCUUUGUGACUUUAUUGUUUAUGAGAAAUUAUUGAAAAUAAACUACUAUAUGUUAUUAUAGUGCAGGAUAAAAUAUUCAGCAGCUUUCUUCCUUAUGACCUGUAUUUGGUGAAUACUAGUCAGGCUAUAACAGCAUCCAGUGAAAGUUAGACUAUUGUGAGAGCUGACUUACAGGGGACCAUGUUCCUUUGAAUCUCUAGUGCCAAGUUCUUUAUGUUGAAGCACUAAUAAUUGUGCAUUUAUAAGCUGCUACAUUUUUAUCUUGCAUUAUAAGCCUUUUCAGUUUUAUAUAUUGCUGCUAGCUAUUAUAUCUUGUAUUUAAAACUUUUUUUAUUAAACUAUGAAAGCUGACAGCAUGGUGAAUUUCUGUGUGAUCAUGAUUAUUUUUGCUAAUGAAUUUAUCUUUUCAGCCUGGAAAGAUGUGUAUUUGUGUUAAAGACAUUCUAAACUCUUGGUUAAGUUAAAAUUCAUUUUGUAAAUUUGCCAGUAAGAGCUUGUUUACUCUCUCUCUGAGUUGUAAGUACUCAAUCAGUUCAUCAAAUGAGUGACAAUGUUCCUGCAUUAAGACAUGUGGAUUGGUGUCUAGUUUCUACCUUGCUCAAUUGUUACCAAGCACAACCAGCAGGAUUUGCGUUUGGGCAAUGAAGUCUGCCAAAUAUGGUAAUACUCAUGCAUCAUUGUACCAUGAAUGGGUCUAGCUUUGAGAUGGAACAAAGAAAUGAACUCUUGUCCCUUUUAUAAUGACUAUUUCUAUUAGAGGCUACCUGGUUAGCAUUGCUCCACGUCAAGUGAUUUCAGAGUUGGCUGGGCCAAAUACCUAUUACCAGUGUACACCUGACCACUCUAAUGGUUAAUUCCUUUUACUGUUUAUAAUAUUUGUUUUUUUUUAUUAUUUUUGGUUUGCAGAGGAAACAAGUUUACUGUCCAAAAAUCAUAUUGCUACACUUAGUUUAAUAUUGCACUAUAAUAUCAUUCUUCUUUUUGAAUUUUUGUAACGUAAAUUGUGAUUUUAGACGUCUAAGCACUCAUGGUAAAUGUCUUGGAAACCCCUUUUGAUACUGAUAAUCAGUGAUAAACUUGAGAGUAUGAUGACCAUGCUGUACUUACUGUCUGUAAAGCCUGUACUGAUAUGAUUCCGUUCCUGUUUAGAUUCCUCUUUAAUUUUAUACCAUAUAAAUUAGAUAAUUAAGCUCAUUGUGUGGUAAUGGUGCAAUAUUGGUACAUUGUCAAUUUUUUUAUUGUAUCUCUUUGUGGUAAUGAAUAUGGUCUACCCUUC